AUGGAGAAGCCGCUACCGGAGCCCGCCCCCUCGGCAGCCGCGGAGGAGGUGGCGGAGCGGUUCAGGUCGCUCGUCGACCCCGAUGACGUCGCCUCCAUCAGGCAGACGCAGCACCUCAUACUGGGGCGAUUGCAAGAUAGCAAUGCAGUUCUCACUCAUUUCAAUGAGUAUUCCGAACAAUGCUUUGCAGAAGUGUCUAGUGAUUUUGCUAGUAAAACUCGCCUUCUCAAGUCCAUGAAGGCUGAUCUUGACCAUAUUUUCACAAAGCUAAGAGGGAUGAAAACUAGGUUAGCAGCCACUUAUCCCGAUGCUUUCCCUGAUGGUGUGAUGUCAAAGACGAUGGACCAGAGACCAGACCUUGAAAGUCCUCUGGAUUAG